AUGACUGGUAUUGAUCCAAAAACAUCGCACGAUAUUAAUGAGGCUGUUACAAAAAAGCAAGGUCGUUAUAUGGAAGCUAUGAUCCAAGGAAGUAUAACUGAAGCAGAAUCUGGGAAUUUACUUAUCCUUGCUGCUGGAAAUAAAGAAUUAUUUGAUGAUUGUCAGUCAGUAUUUUGUGCCAUUGCUAAACGUUCAUGUUAUUUAGGUGACAUUGGGUCUGCUAUUAAGAUGAAUUUGAUUUUAAAUACGAUGAAAGCAGUAUCUGUUGGAGGAUUGGCUGAAGCUAUGGCUUUAGGUACUAGAUCUGGGUUGCUAAAAGAAAGUAUGAUGGAUAUGUUAAAAAUCACAUCAUUGAAUUGCCCUCUAUUGCUAGAAAAAGGAACAGCAAUUGUCGAUAAUAAGUUCCAAAAAGAUCAUACUUUAAAACAUCUACAAAAAGAUUUAAACUUAUCAAUAAAUUGGUCAGAUAUGUUGCAAACACCGUGCCCAGUUUCAGCCUCUGUCAAUGAAGUCUUCAAAGAUGCAAAACGUCUCGGUUAUGGUGACUACGACAUCAGUUCAAUUUAUCUUAGAUCCAGAGAUUUUUAA